AUGUCCGGCCCACAACAACAUCCCCAGCCAGGUCCAUUUACUGGAACCAUGGAAGCCAAGCGUGAUGUAUGUAUAAACGACGCUUUACCCCGGGAACUCAUUUUAAGGGUAUUUUCGUUUCUCGACAUUGAGACCCUCUGUACAUGCUCUCAAGUUUGCAAGUUCUGGUACAAAUGCGCAUUUGAUGGGAGCAACUGGAAGCGAACAAACUUGUUCAAUUUCCAGCGAGAUGUUCAACCAGAAGUUGUUGAAAAGAUCGCUCAGCGCUGCCAAGGUUUUUUACGUGAGCUUAUUCUUCGAGGCUGUCGCAAUAUCAACGACGAAGCCAUGAGGCGCCUUACAGAAUUAUGCCGUCUUAUUGAAGUACUUGAUCUGUCAGAAUGUCAACACUUAACUGACGAAACCUGUAAAUAUCUUGGACAGAACUGUCCUGAACUUCAGCAACUUUCUUUGGCAUCGUGUCCUUACAUCGGUGAUGAAGGUUUACGCAAGUUAAGUGCCUGUGACCGGUUGACUCAUCUCGACGUUUCUUGGUGCGCUGUGGGUGACGAAGGAUUGGCUGCUAUCGCCCAGGGUUGUCCUGGUCUCAAGGAGCUUAAGGUUAUGGGCUGCCAUGAUGUGACCAGUCGCGGUGUCGGUCAUAUCGCCAGUAGGACCAACCGUCUCCUUUUGCUCAAUCUCAGUCACUGUGGUCAGAACAUAACCGACGAGGCAUUGAUCCAUCUGGCCAUUGGUUGUCAAUUUCUACGGGCUCUCUCAAUAUCUCUGUGUCAGAUAACUGACACUGGUUUGCGCGCUCUCGCGGGGACUCUGCCCCCUUCGACAGCUGCGGAAAUCCUCGGUAUCGCCCUACCAGCUCCUCCAUCUUCCGCACUCCUAGCACAAAUCUCGGGCAACGGAGCUACGCGUGCACCACGCCACCGUCCCUUUAGUGAGACGGGUGGUGUGGGGUUUUUCGCGAACGGGAACACCCACCGUCACUCGUCGGCCACCACCACCCCCCUGACAACCCCCAAUUCACCUUCCGGAUGGGAAGGGCCUGCCAUCCAACCGAAAUCCUUCUCUGUUGUUGGAUGCAAGGAACUGAGAGUUCUGGAGGCUAGUCAAUGUAUUCAGUUGACUGACGCCGGCUUGGCUGCUCUUGCUCGGAAUUGCGUUAAUCUAGAGAAACUCGAUCUCGAGUAUUGCUCACAAGUGACGGACUCGACUUUAAUUCAAUUGGCCUCCUACUGCCCACGAAUAAACACCCUCGUUCUGUCGCACUGUGACCAAAUCACUGAUGAGGGCAUUUCGCGCCUUGUUGGAGGUCUUUGCGGCCCUCAGCAACUUCAGCGGUUAGCAAUGGACAAUUGCCCCCUCUUGACAGAUUCCUCACUCGAAAUGCUCGGCUCGGUGUGCCAGAAUUUGUGUCAGGUUGACCUUUAUGACUGUCAACUUAUAACACGCCAGGGUAUCGAAAAUCUAAAGCAACAGAAUCCGCGCCUUAAAGUCCAGGCCUUCUUUGCUCCAGGAACCCCUCCCGAAUCAGCUGUUGGUCGCCGGCGACGCUACUGUCGGUGCUGUGCCCUCCUAUAA